UUUUGUGCUUGCCUCCCAAAGCUAACUUCAGCAUGCUCAAAAGGAAGCAAAGCUCCAGGGUGGAAACCCAGCCAGUUACUGACUUUGGUCCCGAUGAAUCUCUGUCAGACAACGCUGACAUACUCUGGAUUAAUAAGCCAUGGGUACACUCUCUGCUCCGCAUCUGUGCCAUCAUCAGCGUCAUCUCAGUGUGCAUGAACACACCCAUGACCUUCGAGCACUAUCCUCCCCUUCAGUAUGUGACCUUCACCUUGGACACUUUAUUGAUGUUUCUCUACACCGCAGAGAUGAUAGCAAAAAUGCAUAUCCGGGGUAUUGUCAAGGGUGAUACCUCCUAUGUGAAGGAUCGCUGGUGUGUUUUUGAUGGAUUCAUGGUCUUUUGCCUUUGGGUUUCCCUUGUGUUACAGGCAUUUGAAAUAGCUGACAUAGUUGAUCAGAUGUCACCUUGGGGUAUGCUUCGGAUCCCACGGCCACUCAUUAUGAUCCGGGCCUUCAGGAUUUAUUUCCGAUUCGAACUGCCGAGGACCAGAAUUACAAAUAUUUUAAAGCGGUCAGGAGAACAAAUUUGGAGUGUUUCCAUUUUCCUCCUUUUCUUCCUUCUUCUGUAUGGAAUUUUAGGAGUUCAAAUGUUUGGAACAUUUACCUAUCACUGUGUUGUGAAUGACACAAAGCCGGGGAAUGUAACCUGGAAUAGUUUAGCUAUCCCAGAUACACACUGCUCCCCAGAGCUAGAAGAAGGCUACCAGUGCCCCCAAGGAUUUAAAUGCAUGGACCUGGAAGACCUGGGACUUAGCAGGCAAGAGCUGGGCUACAGUGGCUUUAAUGAGAUAGGCACGAGUAUCUUCACAGUCUAUGAGGCGUCCUCUCAGGAAGGCUGGGUGUUCCUCAUGUACAGAGCAAUCGACAGCUUCCCCCGUUGGCGCUCCUACUUCUACUUCAUCACACUCAUUUUCUUCCUUGCCUGGCUUGUUAAGAAUGUGUUUAUUGCUGUCAUCAUUGAGACAUUUGCAGAAAUCAGAGUACAAUUUCAACAAAUGUGGGGAACUCGGAGCAGCACAACCUCCACUGCAACCACACAGAUGUUCCAUGAAGAUGCAGCUGGUGGUUGGCAGCUGGUAGCUGUGGAUGUCAACAAGCCCCAGGGACGGGCACCAGCCUGCCUACAGAAAAUGAUGCGGUCGUCUGUUUUCCACAUGUUUAUCCUGAGCAUGGUGACUGUGGAUGUGAUAGUUGCAGCCAGCAACUACUACAAGGGAGAGAACUUCCGAAGGCAGUAUGAUGAAUUCUAUCUUGCAGAGGUGGCUUUCACAGUUCUUUUUGACCUGGAAGCACUUCUGAAGAUUUGGUGCUUGGGAUUUACGGGCUACAUCAGCUCAUCUCUCCACAAAUUUGAACUACUGCUUGUUAUUGGGACCACCCUCCACGCAUACCCAGAUCUUUAUCAUUCUCAGUUCACAUACUUCCAGGUUCUUCGGGUAGUCCGGCUUAUUAAGAUUUCACCUGCACUGGAAGACUUUGUGUACAAGAUAUUUGGUCCUGGGAAAAAGCUUGGAAGCUUGGUGGUGUUCACUGCCAGCCUCUUGAUUGUUAUGUCAGCCAUUAGCUUGCAAAUGUUCUGCUUCGUUGAAGAACUGGACAGAUUCACCACAUUUCCAAGGGCAUUUAUGUCCAUGUUCCAGAUACUGACCCAGGAAGGAUGGGUGGAUGUGAUGGACCAGACUCUGAAUGCUGUAGGGCAUAUGUGGGCACCGGUGGUUGCCAUCUAUUUCAUACUCUAUCAUCUAUUUGCAACUUUGGCGCAGGCUCGCCUUGGUUUCCUAACUCCGUCUCAGUUCCAAAGAGACUGUUCUCAGCCCAGACUUUCUUCAUCUCUCAUCCUCAGUGACAAGUCAUCAUCUGAUCAAGACCCCUACACUCAGGACAAAAAGCCCAGGUCGAAAGGAAGCUGA